CAAGCUUGAUGAUCGGUCAAUGCUGUUUCGUAAUGAAGGAACAAGAAUUCGGCAGUUGUUUCUGUGAAGGGACAACAGCUUGGGCUGAGGAAAAGGAAGAGAAUGUGAGCUGGUGAAGGAGAUCAAGUUCAACCACCAAAGUCAAGUCAACAUGAACUGACGGCGACAGGAAAGAUAGGUAUAAAGCCCCCUCUGCUCCUUCAAAACUCACUCCCCAUCCAACCAGAGCAUCUCAUCCAACCCAUUCUAGCUCGUUUUCUCAGCCUCAACAAGCCAGCCUCCGAAAAUGGCAGCAGGCCUUCACUCCCGCCUCACCACUUUUCUCCUUCUCCUCCUCUCUGCCCUCCCUUUCAUCGCCGCCGCCGCCCCCUCCUCCGGCUGCGGCAAAGGUCCCACCCUCUACAACGGCCAAACCGUCACCACCAACAUCAACGGCAAAUCGCGUCGCUACACCGUCCGGCUUCCGGACAACUACAACCAAAACAACCCCUACCGCCUCAUCUUCCUCUGGCACCCACUCGGCAGCUCCAUGCAAAAGAUCAUUCAGGGCGAAGACCCCAACCGCGGCGGUGUCCUGCCUUACUACGGCCUGCCGCCCCUCGACACGAGCAAGAGUGCCAUAUACGUGGUUCCGGACGGGUUGAAUGCUGGCUGGGCCAACCAAAAUGGCGAGGACGUCUCCUUCUUUGACAACAUUCUGCAAACCGUGAGCGAUGGGCUGUGCAUCGACACCAACCUCGUCUUCAGCACGGGCUUCUCCUACGGCGGCGGCAUGAGUUUCAGCCUGGCGUGCUCGCGGGCGAACAAAGUCCGUGCCGUCGCUGUCAUUUCUGGUGCGCAGCUUUCUGGCUGCGCGGGCGGGAAUGAUCCGGUGGCGUACUACGCGCAACACGGAACGUCCGACAGCGUGCUGAAUGUGGCGAUGGGAAGACAGUUGAGAGAUCGGUUUGUGAGGAACAAUGGGUGCCAGCCGGCAAACGGGGAAGUACAGCCUGGUAGUGGAGGAAGGUCCACGAGGGUCGAGUAUCAGGGAUGUCAACAGGGUAAGGACGUGGUGUGGGUUGUGCAUGGCGGAGAUCAUAAUCCGAGCCAGAGAGAUCCGGGACAGAACGACCCGUUUGCGCCGAGGAACACUUGGGAGUUCUUUAGCAGGUUCAACUAGAGGUUUGUGGGGAAGGAGGCAGUUCUAAAAGGGAAGGUGGAAGGAUCAAAGGGGUGGUGAUGAUGUGGAUUGGUGAUGGAGAAGGCGGCGGAAAGAGCUUUGGACUGAAGGAGAAUAGGAGGAAGGAGACUGGUUGUUUUUUGCAAUGGAAAAUGUAAAUCGCCUCCUUGGGAAAGAGACACUCUUCGAGAAUUGACCUCGUCUGGACAGAGAAAAAUGCACGAGUGGGAGAGGAGACAUGGAAUGUAUUGUGGUCAAAGUCAAGAAGGAACAUACCUACCUCUACUGGAGGUAGGUAUUGCGACGAUUCAUCCGAGUGACGUUGAACAAAUCAAGCAGACAUCAACCCC